GUGGACAAAUUAAACUCCAGAUUUGAUUUGCCCGCUCAGUUCGACUAGAUUCUUUCGUUUUGCACUUCUCAGUGAAACUUUGGAAAUAUAUUCGGUUAAUCUGAGUGAUUGUUUACAUUGUCGAUGGUUAAAUUUAGAGAGAAGAUGGCUUUCUGUUAUUGAGGGAUUGGUUUUGAAAUAUCUGAAGUAGAAGAGGGCAAACAGAAAUGCAAGCAGUUCAAACUGGCCAGACUCAGGUGAUGACUGUGUCUCAAGCGCAGCAGUUACUGACAUCUGGAGGCCAACAAAUCAUGGUUCAGAUGCCAGGUGGUACACAAACCAUUCAAUUAGCUGGGCAAAAUAUCCAAAACAUUCAGGGAUUACAGGUGUUACCUUUAUCUGCACUUCAGGGUGCAGGAGGACAGCAAAUUGUCAUACAACAACCUCAACAAGCUCAAAUCUUGCAAACAAGUGACGGACAGACUCUCAUAUACCAACCAGUACAAUUAGAUCAGCAGGGAAAUCUGAACCAGCAAUCACAGCCAACAUUUUUCAAUAUUGGAGGUAACCUUGUGCAGUUUAGUGGAGCAACAACACUGUCAUCAAACUCUGCAGCAGCUGUAACUCAGGCUACUGGUGCUGUGAAUACUGCUGUUACAACAGCUGCAGCAGCUUCUGGUUCAGGAAAUUCAGCUCAAAUACAACCAAUAAAUGUUCCACAAACAGUUGGAGUUAGUGGAUCUAACAUUGUUAUGAUGGUACCUGGAGCUGGGGGAAUACCUCAAAUUCAACGAAUUCCAUUACCUAACGCAGAACUCUUGGAAGAAGAACCUUUAUAUGUAAACGCAAAACAAUAUCACCGCAUACUUAAACGGCGACAGGCUCGUGCAAAAUUGGAAGCUGAAGGACGAAUCCCGAAAGAGCGUCGGAAAUAUCUUCACGAAUCACGGCACCGCCAUGCAAUGAACCGGGUUCGUGGCGAAGGCGGAAGAUUCAAUGCAGGAUCUGUUCGCAAUCGUUCAAGAAGGGCCAAAGUACACCAAGUAGACACCUCAAACCAAAACCAUGCUGCAGUGAUGAGUUCCUCCAUGGAAACUGUAUCUAUAGAGGCACUUACAGCAAAUUACUAUAAAAAGGAUAGCGGAUCAUUAUCGGAAAUAAUGACAUCAGAUCCGUUAGGCUGAGAUGGAUACGUGUUCUUAAAAAUAAAAGUACUGACUUACUGAG